AUGGUCGAGGCCGACCGCCCGGGGAAGCUCUUCAUCGGGGGCCUCAACCCCGAGACGGACGAGAAAGCCCUGGAGACGGCGUUUGGGAAGUAUGGCCGCAUCUCCGAGGUGCUCCUGAUGAAGGACCGGGAGACCGCCAAGUCCAGGGGCUUCGCCUUCGUCACCUUCGAGAGCCCCGCCGACGCCAAGGCCGCCGCCCGCGAUAUGAACGGCAAGUCCCUGGAUGGUAAGGCCAUCAAGGUGGCCCAGGCCACCAAGCCGGCGUUCGAGAGCAACCGGCGCGGCCCGCCGCCGCCCCGCAGCCGCGGCCGCCGCGAUCGCUACGCGGGCCCGCCUCGUCGGGAGCCGCCGCCGCUGCGCCGCGACCCUUACCUGGGGCCGCGGGAGGAGGGCUACUCGCCCCGCGACGGCGGCUACUCGAGCCGAGACUAUCUGAGCGCCCGCGACCCCCGCGAUUUCGCCCCGUCUCCCCGCGACUACGCCUACCGCGACUACGGCCACUCCAGCGCGCGCGACGACUGUCCAUCCCGAGGCUACUGCGACCGAGACGGCUACGGCGGGCGCGACCGCGACUACGUGGACCACCCGAGUGGAGGCUCCUACCGCGACCCCUUCGAGAGUUACGAGGAUCCGCGCAGCGCCGCCCCAGCGCGGGGCCCGCCGCCAUCCUACGGAGCGGGCCGCUACGACGACUACCGAGGCUGCUCGCCCGACGUGUACGGAGGUGGCGGCCGCGACGGCUAUGGAGGUGGCCGUGGUGACCGCUACUCCGGAGGCCGCGACCGGUCCCUAGAAAGGGGUUGUCCCCCCUUGCGUGAUUCCUACAGCCGUUCGGGCCGCAGAGAGCCCCCCAGGGGCGGAGGCCGCCUGGGAAGCCGCUCGGAGAGAGGGGGAGGCCGGAGCAGAUACUAA